GCCCUAAACCAUUGUACAGAGAAAGAGAUUGCUGAUCUCCAUGGCCGACCUGCGCUUUCACCUCGCUCGUUCGAUGCGAUUGUGCGCCUUGCAAGCAUAAUUUCCUCCCCGGGCGAUGGUUUGAUUGUGCGCUUCCUUCAGAUGUUGAAGUUCUAGUCUCUGCCUUAUUGAAAUGGCGAAUGUGAGGAAAAGAACACAGCCUAAUGCGCGGAAGGACAGGGGCAAGAAGCGUAAGGUAAAGGAGGUCGGAGAGAAGAGAGAUGGAGGCUCGGUUAGGAAACCCAGAAGAGAUGAGGAAAUAUCUAGCGAGGAAGAGGAGGAGCGUAUCGGAAAUGAGGGGGAGGCGUUUUUUUCCGAGGAGGAAGAAGAGGAAGUGGAUUUAGAAACAGCUGAUGAGAAGAGGUUGAGAAUUGCUAAAGCUUACCUUGAUCGCACUCGACAAGCUGCAGCGGACGCCGAGGAUGAUGAAGAUGACGAGACGGCAGACCAGCGUAUGGGAGCUCGUGAUAGCAUGGUCGCAGAUUUAUUGCAACAGGAGCAGCUUGAAGAGAGUGGCCGUGUGCAGCGUAAGAUAGCUUCAAGAGUUGUUCAACCAACUGCUAUCCCUGAAGGUAAAGCAGUGGGCCGGAGGCAUCGGCAGUCAGUGACGGCUAUUUGUAUCACGGAUGAUGACACAUUAGGGUUUUCUGCUUCUAAAGACGGAAUGAUAAUUCAAUGGAAUAUCGAAACUGAGCAAAGUGAUAAGUAUCAGUUGCCUGGCGAUAAUGUAGCCCCUUCUACUGCCAACGGUGGUCUCGUACAAGGAAGUACAAUAAAAAAAACUGACAAGAAGGGUAGUAGACAUAUACUUUCGUUGGCCGUGAGUUCCGAUGGUCGAUACUUGGCUUCAGGAGGUCUAGAUCGAGCUAUACAUCUUUGGGACAUUCGUUCGCGCCAACAUAUUCAGGCUUUUAAUGGCCACAGAGGUGCUGUCACGGGAUUGGCAUUUAGGCAGGGCACGCAGCAGCUUAUGUCAAGUUCCUUGGAUCGUACCGUCAAGUUAUGGAGUGUGGAAGACCGUUCGUACAUUGACACUCUAUAUGGACACCAAAGCGAUGUGAUUGCAAUCGAUUGUCUUCGCCAGGAGCGCAUUCUUUCCGUAGGACGUGACCGCACUCUUAGACUCUGGAAGAUUCCGGAGGAGUCGCAACUUGUGUUUAGGGGUCACAAUGCUCACCUUGAAAGCUGUUGUUUUAUUACAAAUGGGGAGUUUUUAUCUGGUUCAGAUGAUGGUUGUGUGGCUUUAUGGAGCACAUUGAAGAAAAAGCCAGUGUACAUAGCUCAUGGCGCGCAUGGGAGUACAGAGAAAUAUCACUUGAGUUUACAUACAGAUCAGUCCAGUUCAUUAGAUUUGGCGAACGGAAAUGGAAAUGGAAACGGUCAUGUUGAGGAGCACUCUGUCUCCACUGGGACUCGUGGUGCAGAGUCCUGGGUAGGAGCAGUAGCAGUAUGUAGAGCUAGUGACUUAGCUGCGUCUGGAGCAGGGGAUGGUAGCAUUCAACUCUGGGCUCUUAAAGAUACGAACCGCAUUCUUGAACCUCUCCACAAGUUGCCAGUGAAAGGGUUCGUCAAUUCUUUGGCAUUUGCACAUAGCGGCCGUUUCCUGCUUGCGGGUACUGGUCAGGAACCUCGAAUGGGCAGAUGGGGCCGGGAUCCAGCUGGAAGAAAUGGAGUUAUCAUGCAUUCUAUCGAGUUAUCAUGAUUUGUCCAACUGUACUUGUGGCAGUUGCUGUGACCAAACGUAAGUACGUCUAUGCCAGGUUUUCCUGCCGGAGCUAGUCGGUCGUAUGUAGUUACCUCACAAUUUUUGUCUGAGAAAUGUACACAAAUCACAGAUUUAUUUAGUUUUAUUUUUCAGUCAUCGGGAAUGCUAGAGAGUAGACAGCUGAGAUUAUCUGUUCUAGAAUCGCAACAGCUCAGCCGAGGAUUCUUUUAAUUAUUAAAUUAUUGAUUUCUUUGCUCAUAGUUUAUCA